AUGGCUUCACCCGGCGACAUUGAACCGUUUCUUGAAUUCUUGAAAGCCAAAGUGCACGUACCUGACGACCUUGAAACAAUGGCCGCCGUCUUGGACUUUAUGCGCGAAGGUACCGCGUUAAUGGGCCACACCUCGGGACCUCCCGAGAUCGUGGACAUCAACAUGCACGAAAAGCAAAACGCAAAGACCAACAACACGGAAUCGUACAAGGUCAUCUAUGGCGAGUAUCCCUUCGCCGUUCUCCGAAGAGGAAACGUGUUCAAAGUUGGAAUACGCUUCAACCAGUCCUUCGAGCUGGGAAGCGUGCCGCUACGAGCAAUCUUCACGUCAGGAGCUAAUCCUUCGGAAGGCGACGGCACGCUGGUGAUACUCACUGCUCCACACUCGGUCGACAAAGAAGGGAAAGCGCACGAGACGGUCGAUCGUUGGACCAUGUCCGUGAGCUUCCACAACAACGACAUAAUGCUACUCAAAUUUUGCACUCCAGCCAAGGCACCGGUGGGCCGCUGGUCGCUGGCCUUCAGCUUAGGCGGCGGCAGCGCCACCCCUACAAAGACGCCCAUUUUCAUCAUCUGCAAUCCGUGGCUUCCAGAGGACCCCGUGUACCUGAAGGACGACGCACAGAGAAACUUCUACACCAUGAAGGAGACCGGAGCAUAUUACUACGGCACUGAAAAGAACUUCGGUCAGCGGGAGUGGAACUAUGGCCAGUUCGAGAAAGUGACGCUGGCGACAAUCGAGUUCCUGCUCAAGGCAGUGGCCGCGGACGGAGCGCAGCGGUCCGACUGCGUCAGUUUGGUGCGCGCAUUGUGCGCCGCGAUCAAUGUGCAAGACGACCAGGGCCUAUUGACUGGUCGUUGGUCGGACGACUACAGCGCCGGCACCAGUCCAAGCGUUUGGAGUUCCACCAUGCCCAUUCUCAACAAGUACAUGGAAAAUGGGGGAAACAGCGUCAAGUACGGACAGUGCUUCGUGUUCGCGUCCGCCCUGGUCACUGUACUGCGGGCGCUGGGCAUACCGAGCCGCAGUGUCAGCAACUUUCCUUCGGCCCACGUCGAAGGAGACGACAUGUCGUUGGACUUCUACUUCGACGAAAAGAACAAGCCCAUCGAAGGAGCCGACAUGGAGUGGAAUUUCCACGUUUGGACCGAGGCGUGGAUGGCACGUCCAGAUCUGCCGGUGGGGUACGGCGGAUGGCAAGCUGUUGACAGUACGCCCCAAAUUGUCAGCGAAGGGAUGUACAAAGUAGGGCCGUACCCGGUGAAGGCUAUACGAGAGAACAAAACCGACUUGAAGCACGAUGGCAAGUACCUGAGCGCAAGCGUCAAGGCGGUCUACAGGUACCACAAGAAGGAUCCCUCGCACCCCAAGGGAUGGAAGCUCGUCUACGAGAAAAACAACAUGUGCGGCCGACUGCUUCUGACGGAAAAAUUCAACCCGAACGGUGGCCGACUGCAGCCCGACGACAUCACCCACACUUACAAAGGACCAACGGCGCAGCCCCGAGGCGCGACAACGGACGUGAUCCAGGUGCGGCUGGAGCACGAUAAGCAAGUGGCAGCGGGCCAGUCGGGGCGGGUCCUCUGCACUCUCACCAACAACGACCUGCAGGAGCACCGCGUGGGCCUAGCGCUCACCGCCUACUCGGCGCCUUACAGUAACGUCAGACCCAACGCCCUGGUCAGCGCACAGCGGGACUUCUGCCUGCAGCCCGGCGCAUCUGACACACUGGAGCUACUCAUCUCACCCGAAUCCUACGUGUCCAAACUGUGCCCCGAAGGAAUGAUUCUCUUGGAGGCUAUCGCCACCUACGGAGAUGAUUUCACGACUGCUAGAAGUAACUUGGCCAUCCAGAUGCCUCAGCUUGACAUUCAGAUUGCACGCAAGGAAGCUCCCGUGGGCGCCCUGACGUAUAAGCUGACAAUGAGAAACCCACUCAACGUGGCCCUGAGUAGCUGCGAGUUGACUGUAGAGCUCCCGGGGUCUACUGCCUUCUUGGAGAAGAUCACACUCAAAAAUGUACCUCCCCGUGGAACGUUCGAGAAGGAAGGCGUCCUCUUCGUCACGUCUCCUGACACCCGCCGCAUCGUGGCAACCUUUAUGUCCGAGCAGUUGCCUAUCGUGAACGCGGCCAAGGAUUUCUAG